AUGGCUCAGCCUGGGCUCCAGGCUGCCUGCCCUUCUCUAUGCGACCCCAAGCUGCAGACAACAGGUGAAAGCCACUGGGAUUCCUAUGCCACCACCAUGCGGACUGCAUUCACACCGAAAACAGGAGCGGCGCCCGCAUUAAUCCGUCAAAAAAGCAUCCGAAGAUUAGGAUAUACGUAUUCACUUAGUGACCCUAUACCCAAUCAGACCCUGUACAACGAUGAAUAUGUUUGGAAAUCAUAUUCUAAGGAAGACUUGCUUAAAACUGGGACUUUAAGAAGAAGCAGGCGCCACAAAUCUCACCCCAAUCAAGACUUGUUUCUUUGGACACUACCUAAAAGUCAACCAAGGACAGCACCAGGUACCUGCCUCCCUUGGAAAAUCCCUUCCGUGGAAGAAGUUCAGAGGGCACUAUCAAAUCAGUUUGUUUCCUGUACUAAGAGAGACUUUGUGGAUGUAUCGAAAGCUCAGAAGGUUAAGAAAAGUUCUCCAGUGUCUCUCGGAUGGAAAAAGUUGAUUCCCAGACCUCUAGACACUGAAUUUCGACGGAAUUACCAAACUCCAGCUAAAAUCCCAGAGCUGCAGGAUUUUAGCUUCAAAUAUGGAUGCUAUUCAAGCCUGCCCAUUGCUUCUCAGGGUCUAGUCCCCUCUGUGCUGCACAGUUUCAUGAGGAAUCAGGAGCGCACCAAGAAGCAGACCAUAUACCAGAGCGACUAUGGGAAGGCCUACCUGGACGUCCUAAUGAUUUUAAACUCCUUUACUCCAUCCCAAAUCAAAGACUACCUGCAGGGUGUUUCCUCCAAAGACAGACAAAUUCUUGAGCGCUUUAUCCGUUCUCACUGUAACAUUGACAAAGGUAAGAAAUGAAAGAGGAAAAUAAUUCAAGUGAAGAAAAUCUCAAAAUCAGUGGAAGCACUGGGGCCUGCCUAGUCGUUCUCUUAAUAAUCAAGGAAAAAU